UUUAUUCAAGCAACCCUAAAAUCUCGCGGUGCUACCAUUCAGACAUCUUGCAUUUUAGUAAGUCUGGUCUUGGAGAUUUUUUCAUUAAAAACCUACACUAUAUACAUUUCACACAGAAGCACGCUUGUGUUAACGUUAGUCGUUUGAAUCCAGAGUAGUUUUCCUCCGCUUAAACGGAUGUGAGGCGGUUGGACCGAGCCUCGCGUGCCAAUCCCGCGGAGUUUAGACGGUCUCUCACGGGGACUCUGUAGCUGUAUUGUGCGUCAUCUCCAUCGCCGCAGUUUUGUUAUUUUUCUCCACUGAGGAAACAUGGCAACUCCCGCCGCGGUCAACCCGUCCGAGAUGGGCAGUGAGUUACCGGGGACAGUAGCUAUGCCAGGGGCAGUGGGAGCUGGUCAGGUGAGGAUGGGAGGAGCUGUACCAGGCCGUGGGGGCAAGAGGAGAUCAGGAGGAAUGGACUUUGACGAUGAAGACGGAGAGGGACCUAGCAAAUUUUCAAGGUAUGAUGAUGAUCAGAUUCCUGGUGGGGAUAAGGAGAGAUUCGCCAGAGAGAACCACAGUGAGAUUGAGAGACGCCGACGCAACAAAAUGACCCAGUACAUCACUGAGCUGUCAGACAUGGUACCGACCUGCAGUGCCCUGGCCCGAAAACCUGAUAAACUGACCAUCCUGCGAAUGGCUGUCUCCCAUAUGAAAUCCAUGAGGGGCACUGGCAACACGUCCACUGAUGGGGCCUAUAAGCCCUCCUUUCUCACUGAACAGGAACUGAAGCAUCUGAUUCUGGAGGCGGCAGAUGGCUUUCUGUUUGUGGUUGCUGCAGAGACGGGACGGGUGAUCUAUGUGUCGGAUUCAGUGACGCCCGUGCUGAACCAUCCCCAGUCAGAGUGGUUUGGCAGCACCCUGUAUGAACAGGUCCACCCUGACGAUGUGGACAAGCUCAGGGAACAGCUCAGUACUUCAGAAAACUCCAUGACAGGACGGAUUCUGGACCUGAAGACAGGAACAGUGAAGAAGGAGGGACAGCAGUCCUCAAUGAGGAUGUGCAUGGGCUCCCGACGGUCUUUCAUCUGCCGCAUGAGGUGCGGUAGUGCUCCUCUGGAUCACAUCUCCUUAAACCGUCUGUCAAACAUGAGGAAGAGAUACAGGAAUGGCCUUGGACCCUCAAAAGAAGGAGAGGCUCAGUACUCUGUGGUGCAUUGCACAGGCUACAUCAAAGCCUGGCCCCCUGCAGGCAUGACUAUACCAGAAGAAGACACAGAGGCAGGUCAGACUGGAAAAUACUGCCUAGUGGCCAUCGGAAGACUGCAGGUGACCAGCUCUCCAGUCUCCAUGGAUAUGAAUGGCCUGUCUGUGCCCACAGAGUUUCUGUCACGUCACAACUCGGAUGGUGUCAUCACUUUUGUCGACCCGCGCUGCAUCAACGUCAUUGGUUAUCAGCCUCAGGACUUGCUGGGGAAAGAUAUUCUGGAGUUCUGCCAUCCUGAGGACCAAAGUCACCUAAGAGAAAGUUUCCAACAGGUGGUGAAAUUGAAGGGUCAGGUUCUGUCUGUGAUGUAUCGUUUCCGAAUGAAGAACAGGGAGUGGAUGCUAAUCCGAACCAGUAGCUUCACCUUCCAGAAUCCAUACUCUGAUGAGAUAGAGUACAUCAUCUGCACCAACACCAAUGUCAAGCAGCUGCAGCAGCAGCAGCAAGCAGAGCUGGAGGUUCACCAGAGAGAUGGACUGACUGCCUACGAUCUUUCCCAGGUGCCUGUGGCCAGUGUCAGCAGUGGAGUCCAUGAGGCAGGGAAGAACAUCGACAAGACAGAAGUCCUGUUCUCCCAGGAGAGAGACCCACGCUUUGCUGAGAUGUAUACUGGCAUCUCUGGCUCGGGAGAUAAGAAGAUGAUGGUUCCCUCCUCUACAGCUGGAGGACAGCAGCUCUACUCACAGAGCUCUCCUUUCCAGCAGGGACACUCUGGCAAAAGUUUCAGUUCCUCUGUGAUCCAUGUCCCUGGUGUGAACGACAUCCAACCAUCGGGCUCAUCCAAUCAGAAUCUAGCUCAGAUCUCCAGACAGCUCAAUCCCGGCCAGGUGGCAUGGUCAGGCAACCGACCCCCCUUCUCUGGACAGUCCAGUAAAGCCCAAUCCAGUCCAUUUGGUAUUGGUUCUGGCCACAACUACCAGACUGACCCAGCCUCCUACAGUCCCCUGUCAUCCCCGGCCACUUCCUCCCCCAGCGGCAACGCCUACUCAGGACUGACAAACCGCAGCACAGCUUUUGAUGUGUCAGGGGAGAGUAGUCAGAGUGGAGCCCAGUUCCAGGGUCGUCCCAGUGAGGUUUGGUCCCAAUGGCAGAACCAGCAUCACUCCCAGCAGGCAGGGGAACAGCACACACACCCCAACCCCAGCCAGACAGAAGUCUUCCAGGACAUGUUACCCAUGGCUGGAGAUCCCACCCAGGGAACGGCAAACUACAACAUUGAGGAUUUCGCUGAUCUUGGCAUGUUCCCACCCUUCUCUGAGUAAUAUGGGUGGAGGGUUCUCCAUUACUCUCCCUCUCAGAACUGGACUGAUGUUUGCAUCCACCUGUCAUGUUGUCUCAUUUUUCUACAUUGCUGGGUCACCAACACAUAGCUGAUGUGCAGCACGGUGAAUGUCUGGGUGCACUUGUCAUUCACACACAUACAGACACACAGUUCACAAAUGUUUGGGCUCCGAGGCCUGCAGUAUGUAUCUGUAAACAUGCACAUACCUCAUCUUUGCAAAGGUUGCAGACAUGUGGCUGUUAAGCUACCUGCAGUCAGCAUCAGUAUGACCAGAGGAGGUUAGAGCUGGAUUUGUCAGAGCCCAGUAUCAGUUUUAUUAUCCAAGAUUUUUAGACUUCCUCUCUUCUGAUUUGAGAAAGCAAAACUUCAAGUUUCUAACAAAAAGUCCUCAUAACAUAUUUUUUGUCAGUGUUCAUGUCUAUAAGUAUCCACGCAGCUGACCCAAAUUUAUGACUGUGCCAACUUCACAUAGGCUACACUCAGUGAUUUACAAAGCUACACACAUGUUCACUACUGUCUGCAUCCACAUCUGUUUUGGAGUAUGCCAGAUUUUGUUUUCAGUAUGGAAUAAUAAGAACAAAAUAAAAAAAGAUACAGGGCUCUUGCUUCCCAACUGAUGCAUAACACAUGAUGAUGGAGUUCAUGUCACCUGUGACACUUGUAGUGUUAUUCACUCAACAGGGUUUUGAUUAUUUAUGCUCAGGUCAUUGGACAACUGAAAGACACUGCAGUAAAAUUGACCUGAAUUAUUCAUUUAUUGAAUUCACAGGAAAUAUGUUAUUAGUUUACUUAACAUUUCAGUUGUUGUGACAGUGCUGAGUAGAGCUCACGCUGAGUCUGCACAUUAUUUUCACAUUUCAGACCAAGUAAAUUAAUGGUAAUUAAUCAUUAUUUUACUGUUGAGGAAUUUAGACUUUAUAUCUCCAGAAAGGUUUUCCAGAGUUUUCAGAGUUUUUACUCUAUUGUGAUUGUGAUCAAGCAGCAGCCUCUGGCACUGAAAAAUGAAGCCAAUGUUGAAGUGCCAAAAACUGCAGUUCUUUGAAUGACCACUUGAGGCUGGCUGCAAAAGCUCCAAUAGACCCCCAUGUUAAAUCCCCAACUUUACAGCCUGGUACAAACAACAGUCAUGGUCUUUAUAGCUGAUAUCCCCCUCCAUGAUAAGUAGAUGAAGUUUUACAUAAGUCCGCAUAAGAACGCAUAAGAAGUCCGCAAACAAGUGGAUGUCACAGUAGCUCCAUUAUUUUUAUAGUGUGUGACUCUGACUGAAGAAAAAGUGUUUGACAUCAUGCCUAUACACUGUAAACCCCAUUUAACUCACUCCACUUAAACACCAGACACAAAAUAAAUGUGUCCCAUGAUCCUUGUCUGACAGAAAUUUUAUGCCAGUUAAACACAAAAAUAUUACCGUUUUCCUGUUGUUUGAGCAUUUAAUUCUAUGUCAUAUGAACAUAAAAACAGUACACAUCUUACUCCAUUUUUUUUCAUUGAACUAUAAAAACAUAUUCUGUGACAAAUUUAGGUUUCCUGAUUGCUAGAAUAAGGCAAAGAGAUGAACAGGAAGCACUCUUUAUUUCCCCUCAGCACAACCUUAUGUUAGAUACUCCAAAAUCACCACAGGUGGGAGGUCGCUAACUUUUACCGCAACAUUAACUGUAACCCAUUAGAACCAUGGUGAAAAAACAUAAACAUUAAUUACUGCGCAAUGGGUAAUGAGUGAUUUACAACACAUGUAAACACAGUUUUCAUAGGGUUAUGGCCUUAAACACACUCCACCCAUUUAGCCCCAACACACCACAAUAUGUUAAGUACACAAUGAUAGUGUUGCUUAUUUGCCUUUAACUAAUUAGGUGAAAUUAGCUUUAUAAAUCUUUGUCAAAUUAAGUCAAAAACUGUUGACUGAACAUAAAAAAUUAUGUCAAACUCACAAGUUUUUGUGUCAAGUGAACAUAAAGUUUUUAUGUCAUUUUGACAAUUGUUACAUGCUGCUGAAGACCUCUUCACAGUCUCAACAGUCCCAGGAAAUAUUUCUGCAUUGCCAGUCCCUUUACUUCCAAGUAUGAUUAUAUUGUAGUCAAAGCACACCGGUUAAUUUGGUCAUAUAUUUGACCUGCUGGAGUCAUCAGUCAGUUGGCUGUCACAGCUCCCAUGUACCCAAUGUGACAUAGAGGCCGCUAUGGUGUUACUAGAGGAUAUUUUUAGUGCCAAAUUAAGAAUAGAGCAAGUUUGGUUUAUGUUCUGCCAACGUUUAAAGGGAUAGUGCACCCAGAAAUGAAAAUUCAGCCAUUAUCUACUCACUCA